CUCGUGUGGACGCGCGCGGGGGAAAAUGACGUCGUCGCUCCAGAUCAAGGAGGUGGUCGCGGAGCUGGAUGGUCAGCGAUCUGUCGCGGGAGAGCUUGUCGUGUAUCACCCGGUUCGAGACAGCUUUGUGUCGGUCACGACAACGUCGCUUCAGGAAAUCGAUGCGCGGACGGGUGUGCUGGUAGGCGAAGUCUUGUUUGAUGGGUCGCUCCUCGGCGACAAACCGAACGCUUUCGAGUGUUUGGUGGCAUGUGGCCACAAAUACGUCGUUGCCGCCUUGUCCAGAUUCCUCGUCAUCUGGGACUUGCGGGAAAUGGUCCUCGCCCACAUUGCCGAAGUGGCUGUCGCGGGAACGAUGUCGCAGAAAACCAAACACAUUUCGGCGCUCACGGCGUCCACGGACGUCGUCGGCACACUCUUCUUCGCGCACGAAGGGAGCCAAAGCAUUCGCGUUGUUCCUGUCGAUGCGUUGGUGCAAGGACGGUCGACAAGCAUGCGAAAGGUGCUUCGAAAGGCCGCUACGCGGAAUUCGGCCAUCACCGCAUUAACCUACCACACCUCGCAUGCAGUGCUCGGUUGCGGGGCUUCCGACGGCUCGGUGCAGCUGUGGAAACUUGCCGAUACCAGCGAACUUGCGGCGGGUCGCGCGGAUGCCGCCGCCGGCGAAGCUGAACUCACGCAUGACGUGGUGGCCGCGCUCAACGCAAAGCCCGCGGCCGUGCAGUCGCUGGUCGUCCACGUCACAGACUCCGGAGCCCUUCACGUGGCCAUUACGUAUGUGUCCAGGCAUAUUGACGUGUACCGGGUCCAGGAUCGCCAGCUCAGCCCAUCGACCCCCAUUGGGAGCGUUGGCUUGCCGCACGGAUUCACGUUUGCAAAGAAACAGGCGAUCGCUUUCGGGCACGUCCCGAAUACGCUCUUGGUCGUGCUGGAUGACGCGGCGACGGUCGGCGGCGCCGUGUUGCAUCUCGUUCGGUAUGGCGGCCCGGACGACGCGACUCGAUUUGGCACGCCGUUGGACCUGUAUGCCCUUGGCCCAAACGACCCCUCGGCGUUCGUCCAUGUCGCCGUGUGUGGCAGCCACGGGUCGGCGUUGUACACGUCGACUGCGACCGGCCGGUCGGUGGCAUGUCUCGGCUACGCAGACGACGAGCCGAUCGACGUUGCCAGCCCAACGUGUCGACAGUGGAGCACGUCGAUGCCGCUAUCGUUUGGCCAGUACUGCCACCCCGAGAGCAUUCCCGACAGCUUUCUCCAGCUGGCAUGGUCGUCCGACUUGAAUCGGUACGACGUGGCCAAGCUGUCGCUAAAAACGAACGACCGGUGCCCCGAUGUGUCGUUUGGCACGGUGCCACACACGCUGGAGAACCAACUCGCGAUGCCACUGCGGCUCGUGGCAUCGCCCGACUUGGCUCGUGCCGGCGUUCUCUUGGAAACAUCGUCGUCGGUCGCAGUCUUUGUCACGUCGGCAGAGUCGUCCGCGACGUACGACGUGGCGGACGCGUGCUUUACACUGCAAGGACACCUCGUCACGCUCGUUCCGUCUCGGAAAAGCGUGCGUUGGCACGACGAUGUCCAGUCCGCUGAGCCGCAUGGUGCGUCGUUUCCGCUGCCGGUGGCCGCCGACCGCAUCUUUGCGACCCGCCUCCCCUUGGACAACACGUCGGACAUGUGCAAGAUCUUGUUUGUCAUCCGGGACGCGGCACACGACACACUGCGACUGAGCGACCGCUCGUUGGCGUUCGCUGCCGACAGCCCGAUCAUGUGGACAUCCCACAAGACUGAGCGGGUAGUGGACGUGCAGAUGGAACCGUCGACAGGCCAGCUGCACAACAUCGCCGUGCUGACAACCCACCGCGUCGUGAUUUUGGAUCCGUCGUUGGUCGCCGUGGCGUCGUACGCGCCGACGAAUCCACUCGUCAUGACGCCGGUGUCCAUGCUGUGGAUUGGGUCCGCGAUUGCGUUUGUCACGGGCGGCGGCGGCGCGCUCUACUACCUGCCCACGCAGAAACAAGCUACGACCGUGCCAGCAUUGCUGUGCACGUUGGCAAAGCCAGCGCCGUCCGUGGCGUUUUCCGCGAUCCAACUGAUCGCGAUUUUGCCCGACCGGCUCGUGUACACCGUGCAGCUACCGACGUCGGGCACUGUCGCCACACUCACGCGGCCGUUCUCUGUCGUUGACGUGCUUGCGCACAGUCAGGACGACUUUGACGUGACGAGGCAAUAUGUGAUGCGAGAACUCGACUGCUCGCCGCACAUUUCCGUCAGCCAUCGGCUCGUGUCAGUGCUAGGCACGCACGACCCGGAGCUGUGUUUAAGGGCGCUGUCGCCGCCUCCAUCGACGACGGGAAACUUCCGCCAGACGUCGCACUUGUCGACCGCAGUGGUGUGCAACGUCCUCAUGACCGUCCAUCGGUGGAAGGAUGCGCUGCUACAUGCGGUGGUCGACGACCCUGGCCUUCAAGAAUACGCAAGUGACCCCGUCGGCGCGAGUGGGGCACAGCUGCCGCAGCGGCUGAGCGGCAUGUCUAGCCAGUUGAGUCAUUUCGGGCGGAUCAUGGAGACGUUUGGUCAGUUCAGCGUGGCGGGCCAGUGCUACGAUGUCGCGGGCAACGACAGGGCGCUCGUGGAGCUUGUGCUGAAGUGUGGCGAGCGUGAAGCCCUCGAUGCGCUCGUGAAUGCCAUUCGACCGACCAAUGGACCUCUCGCCGCGGCCUUGACGGGCGGCACUCGCCCCGAGAUCAUGCCGAAGCACGACCCGUUUCGAUUGCUUUGCAACGAGCACGUAACAUUUGAGCGCCGCAGUCGAUUGCUACCGUCCGUCACGUCGGUCCUGCGCCAAGCCAAGCUCCAGAGUCCGCCAGCACCGACCAUGCCGCCUCUGCAGUGGAAGUACUACUCGUGGCGGCGUCUGGCACCGGAAGAAAUGGGCGAGUGGACCGGGUCGACCCAUGUGCACUACGCGACGGAAGAAUUCAAGCCACGCAAGCAUGCAGCUGCGACGUCUGCGGUUGCUGGAAAGCUAAGUGUCGACACGCAGCAGAGCAGCUUCCACGACGCGGACAACGGCGGCGGGGCGGCGGGCCCUCUGUCAACCGCAGCGGCGGCAAUCGGGCCGUUCCUCGAAGAAGAGGAUGGAGUUGUCGCGUACUGGCGGUUUGAAGAAGGCGCAGCCCACGCCACCGUCACAAGCGGAACCCAAUUCGUCGACACGUCCAAGCGUGAGAACCACAUUACGCUUCAAAACCUUGACCUGGUCGUGUCGACUGCGCCCGUCGACCGCGGCGAAGAAGCCAAACUCCAACCGGAGUACGCGCUGCGAUUCCCGUCGCCGUCGGCUGGCGGUUGUGGCCACGUUGUGGUGAAGAAAGGAGCGAGUACGCUCGACAUUGGCGUGAGCUACGACGACGAUCCGUACCGGCGCAGCUUGACUGUCGAGAUGUGGAUCAAGCCGGUCGAGACGGCCGCUGGCGCGUUCACCGGCACCCUCAUGCGGCGGGAGACACCGUCGCCGGGGGACGCGUUGUGGGAAUUGGCCGUCGACAGCGGCGCGCUCGCGUUUACUCUGCUCGGACAAACAGUCCGGACGGACAAGUCGGCAGUCAAGGAGGCGACGUGGCAGCACGUAGCAGCAGUCGUCGACGUGAGUAGCGACGACAAGGCAACGAUUCGUCUUGCGGUCGGCGGCGCCGUGGCCGUGACCAACGACGUCCGGCUGCCGAAAGCAGCUCGGUCUGGCGACGUGUCGACGCUGGUCGUCGGCCCCAACCUGGGCGGCGUGGAAGUGACCGAGAUCCGCAUCUGGGCGACUCCCCGGUCCGCGCAGCAGCUCCACGACAUGAAAGAAAACUACUUGGCGAUGGCAGAAUCGAAGAAGCGCAUCAAGAUGAAAAUCCACAACCGCGACUGCCAGUGCGACAAGUGCCUUGGCCGGCGGCAGCACACCCCGAUUGCCAAGCUCGCGAUGGUCCAGCCGCUCGCGUUGACGCCGACGAGUCGCGAUCGACGCCAGCGCAUGAAAACCCCCAAGAGCGAAGAAACGAGGACGUAAUCCAUUCAAUGCAACCCCACGUCCCUUCCUCCGUGAUGCGACGCCGUCCGUUUGGAGCGCACAUGACACGACUUCAAGUGUGAGCCCCCGCGACGUUCGGGCCCAUCGUGAGCUACAUCUUUGUGCUUCAUGGACAGCAUCCGUGGCGAGCUCGCACUUGCCC